AUGGGGCAAGGCACGAAGGCUAUGCCCAGAGCCGGGACCAGCGCACGUGCACAUGCACGUGAUGUGCUAGGCACAGUCACAGGCGAGCGUAGCUCAGAAACUGCUUUCCAUUUCCGUACAGUAUUUAAAUAUCAUAUGAGCAAGCAAUUCCACCUGGGCAAAAAGUUCAUUAGUCUCGAGCAGGAUGAGCAGCAGGAUGAGCAGCACGAUCAACAGCAGGAACAAGACGAUAAUCAGGAGGAUAAGGAGGAGGAUAAUGAGGAGGAUAAUGAGGAGGAUAAUGAGGAGGAUAAUGAGGAGGAAGAUGAGGAGGAAGAUGAGGAGGAGGAGGAGGAGGAGGACGACGACGACGAGGAGGAGGAGGAUGAUCACCAACAUAAUCAGGAGCACGACGAACAGCAGCACCAAGCGCAGUACAACCACCAAAAGCAUGGUAAUAACGAGAAUGGCAAUCAGAACAGCGACAAUGACACUGAUGCCGAUACCGAUAUCGAAUUAGGUCGUCAACUUGCAAGCCUAACGAUAGAUAACAGUGCGAUCUUGCGGUUCAUGUCAAUCGUAUACGCUUGGGACAGUACGGACGAUACAUUGAAAAGCUCGUUCGCCUCGAAAAAGCCUACGGACGAAUUGCCAACUAUUAAGCACUACGAUAAUCUACGACGAAAAGCACAAAAUCUCUCGAUUUUGUACACCGUUUUGGGCAUAUCAGCCAGUUUUCGGCUUUCCAAAGUCAUGAAAGAAGAUUAG